UUGUGAAAUAAAGUCAUAUAAAAUGGGCAACAAAAAUUCCUGUUGUGCUUAUUCCAGUCCUCAAUCAGAUCGCAAAUCAAAAGACAUACCACCCGUCUAUGAGGAGCGUCAUCACGUACAUAGCAGCCAUCACAUUUCUUCAUCGCAACAUCAGCUAGAUGGUCAUAUUUCUGCUUCCACAGCGGCUAUUCAUCACAGUGCUGGUACACUGGACAAUCCGCAUAAUUUACAACAUAUUUCAGAACGUGAGGCGCUCGAAGGCGAUGAUGAUCCUUCCGUUGACCCAACUGCGGCCACUAUGUUCCUCGAACGAUCCAAAGUCGAAAAUGGUGGUAUUUCACGUAAGCGCUCCCAGCAUCAAAUCGCUCAACAGGCGGCGAAUUCAACUGGUGGUGGUCUGAAGAAAAGUUCAUCUUGCUCCACCAUCUAUUUGGAUGACAGCACUGUAUCACAACCAAAUCUCAAAAAUACAGUGAAAUGCGUUUCACUCGCCAUUUAUUAUCACAUCAAAAAUCGACAGUCCAAUCGUCGGCUAGAUAUUUUCGACGAAAAGCAGCAUCCUCUUACGCAUGAUGCUGUUCCUGAUGACUAUGAUUCGCAUAAUCCGGAACAUAGACAGAUCUACAAAUUCGUGCGCACGCUCUUUAAUGCGGCUCAGCUGACUGCUGAAUGUGCCAUUAUAACGCUAGUCUAUCUUGAGCGUUUGCUCACUUAUGCGGAACUAGAUUUGGCACCGUGCAAUUGGAAGCGUAUGGUUUUGGGUGCCAUACUGCUCGCCUCCAAAGUGUGGGAUGAUCAAGCUGUCUGGAAUGUGGACUAUUGUCAAAUCUUAAAAGAUAUCACCGUUGAAGAUAUGAAUGAACUUGAACGCCAAUUCCUUGAGUUAUUGCAAUUCAAUAUUAAUGUGCCCUCAUCCGUCUAUGCCAAAUAUUACUUUGACUUGCGUACGCUCGCCGAAGCGAACGACUUGUCAUUCCCAACAGAGCCACUCUCCAAGGAGCGUGCCCAAAAGUUGGAGGCCAUGUCACGCGUUAUGCAGGAUAAAGUGACUGCCGAAGCAUUGAAGAAUGGAAUGAAAAAGUGGUCAUCAAUGGACAACAUAAGCCAAGGCGGGCCGCGACGUUCUGUGGCUAUACUUUCGUGAUUUUCGUUAGUUUAUUAGAUAGCAUUUGAUAAACUAAGGUUAAACAAAGAAGAAGUGCGUGAAACAUUUAAAUAUUUUGAUUAUCAAAUAAUUAUACGCACACUUUAGAAACUCACAUUUCCUCACGCCCAUGGGAAACUCGUAACACACGAUUUGUUCAAGUACGCAAUUUUAUACGUACGAAAACUUUUGAAAGUAGAUCCUCGGAGAGAGGAAAGUCAGCCAAGGAGUAUUUUGGUAGUUUGGUCUUACCAUAUAUUGCGAUUUCAUUUUCAUUGGAGACUGCAAUCAAGUUUCAUGCGAUAAAAGUUUCAUCGUAAAAUAGCUUAUAAAAAACAAUCACACUCCCUAGUGCGGGCACAAUUGCCGUCAAAAUGCGUCGGGCAUUUCUGAAAUGCAAUGAUAAUGCUGUCAUUACUUCCACUAAAAAUACUUCUCUUUAUUUAUACUGUUUAAUCAAAUGCAAAGCUCUUGACUGGUAUCACAAACCAUAAAUAUUAGAAUCGCCUACUGCUUUAGCUGCUUGUAUGUAGCUGUAAAUUAUUAGAAUACCAAGGAAUUGUCCUUUUUCAUGAGAUUGAAAUAUAUUUGAAAACCUAAUUUUAGAGUCGCAAACAUGCCUGCGAACUCGAGUGAACACACAUAGGGUGCAUACAAUCGCAAUACGAUGUGGCAAAAUAUUUUUAACGAAAAAAAAAUGGCAGACGCUGUUGAAAUUUGUUUGCUUGUAUUGAGUAAAGGAUAUCCCUCACGCACAGGAAAACAUCGGAAAUAUAUGCGAAAUAAUCUCAAGAUACGAGUACACUUGCACAUUGACACUUCCGUUAAUAACCUGUAGCAGUAGCUAUUUACAAUAGUUUGUAUUUAUAAAACUCGAAUUGUGCAAACUAAGCGCUAAAGACCAUUUUAAGUAGCUUUUAAUAAAUGUUAUUCAAGUAUAAAUACAGAGAGAUGACCUACAUAUGCGAACAAAGAGGUGCGAUAAGAAGUAGAAUAUUCAGAUUUUAAAAAUAAAGAAUCAGUGGCCAAAAAAAAAAUUUAAGUAGAUUACGAUUUAAUAUGAAUGAAACACGAAUUGUAGGCUUUAAAAAGCUUAAUAAGACUCCAAAGUACGCAGAUAUUUUUAAUACUAAGGGAAAUCAUAAAUAAAAAAAAAAAACACGAUUCAACGUCAAACAAUUAUUUCAUAAUCAAGAUUAUUUUGCUGUGCUAUUGAUACAAAAGCUGUAGUGGCUUUGGAAUGAAAAAUGGACUAAGGAAUUGCAUUAAGCUUUUUCUAUUUUUUAUAUUUUGUAAAACUAAAACUUUAAUUUAUCAGACUUAAACGGACUUAAGUUACCAAAAUCAUCGAUACUAAUACAUAAAACAAAGAAUUGUAUAUUUUUUGUAUAAAAAUAAUUUUUGUGAUCAUAAAAAUGUGUUAAUGCAAUUUCACUCUAGGUGGUUUUCAAAAAUGCGUUUUAAUUAUCGUAUACACCUAUUUUAAAAUCUUAAAUCUAAAAAAAAACAUUUAAUUGUUCUUAAGUAACACUAAAAAGUAACGAACAAAAACAAAUUACUUGAAACUCUUUAAGCUCAUAACAUUACUGCAAAGUAUCUAUGUAAGAUUUACUUUU